AUGGAGAUUCUAUCAUCUUUGCGCAUUUCUGAAACUACUCUUGCAACCUUAGUCCUUGUAUUGCUUUUCAGCAUUCCCACACAAGCACAAGAAUAUAUUCUUUCCAAACAAAAACCAACUCAACAUGCCUUAUCCGUGUCACAGAUUGGAAAAGCAUCUAAGAUGAUUAAUCCAUAUGACUCUAUAUUAGAAUUUCUAAAUUCUUCAAGCUUUCCAAAUCGGACAUCAUUUUCACAUGACUUUUUGUUUGGUACUGGUACUUCUGCCCUUCAAAUUGAAGGAGGACUUCAUGAAGGAGGAAGAGGACUUGGUUUGUAUUUAGAUGCUGCUAAGUUUCCAUCAAAGAUUGAACAUUACAAGCGAUAUAAGGAGGACGUGCAACAUUUGAAGAAGCUAGGAAUAAAUUCUUACAGAAUGUCUAUCUCUUGGAGUAGAGUAUUACCAGAUGGAACCUUGAAAGGAGGUAUAAAUCAAGAAGGUAUCAACUUCUACAACAAUUUGAUCAAUGAGCUACUUGAAAAUGGUAUUGAACCAUUUGUUGGUAUUAUGCACGCUGACUAUCCAUUAGCUCUUAAUCAAAAGCUUGGUGGCUUCUCAAAUCGUUCCAUUGUGAAACAUUACAAGGAUUAUAGUGAACUUCUAUUCAAAACAUAUGGAGAUCGAGUGAAACAUUGGAUUACAGUGAAUGAAAUAGAAGUCACAUCUCUAUUUACAUUCAUGCUCAGCCGCGAUCCUUUAUCUACUGAUCAAGCAUGCCAAAAUACUAAAAUAUGUACACAAGUAUAUACUGUAUUUCAUAAUUUACUCAUUUCCCAUGCUACAACGUCAGAGUUAUACAGAACAAAAUUCCAAACAAUACAAAGGGGGGAAAUUGGACUCUCUCUUUCAUCAGGAAGAUAUGUCCCAUAUAGUUCCAAAUCAGAGGAUGUGGUUGCUGCUCAAAGACUAAUGGAUUUCUAUUGGGGAUGGGUUUUAGAUCCAAUCUUCCAUGGAGACUAUCCAAAAAUAAUGAAAGAGAUAGUUGGAAAUAGGCUACCAAAAUUCACUGAAAAGGAGAAACACAUGUUAAAAGGAAGCACAGACUUUAUUGGCGUUAAUUAUUAUACUUCUCACUUUGCUAGACAUGAACCAAAUAGAACCAAUGUUAUGUUUGACAAUUAUGAUGCCCUAGCUGUUUCAGAAGUUUUUAAUGCUGAAGGAAAAACCCUUGGUUAUAAGGAUCAGUACAGUAUGGACUAUGUCUAUCCUGAAGGACUAUAUAAUGUUUUAAUCUACAUUAAGAAAAAGUACAAUAAUCCCAAAAUAUACAUUACUGAAAAUGGUAUUACUUCUACAAAAAUCCCAAAUCCAUUAAAGGACGAACACCGAACUGCUUACAUUGCCGCACAUAUAAAUGCUACUAAGGCAGCAAUUGAUGAUGGUGUAAAUGUUCAAGGAUACUUUGUAUGGUCAGCAUUUGAUACAUUUGAAUUUCAAAUGGGCUAUUCUGCACAUUGGGGUCUUUAUCAUAUUGAUUUUAAUGAUAGUCUCAAGCGUAUACCAACUGACGCAGCUAAAUGGUACACAAAAUAUCUGACAUGUGAUUUGGGGCACUAA